GGAACUGUUCCCUUGAGGGGCAGAUGCUGGGCAGAAUGAAGGAACACACGGAGGCAGGCUCUGAACCGGUGCUGGGGGACCAGAGAGUCCUAAUCGACAAUCCUGCUGACAUCUUGGUCAUCGCUGCUUAUUUCCUGCUGGUCAUUGGUGUUGGCUUAUGGUCUAUGUGUAGAACCAACAGAGGCACCGUUGGUGGCUACUUCCUGGCAGGACGAAGCAUGAUCUGGUGGCCGGUUGGAGCCUCCCUCUUUGCCAGCAACAUCGGCAGCGGCCACUUUGUCGGCCUCGCAGGGACUGGUGCUGCAAGCGGCCUGGCUGUGGCUGGGUUUGAGUGGAAUGCGCUGUUCGUGGUGCUGCUACUCGGCUGGCUCUUCGCCCCGGUGUACCUGACCGCCGGUGUCAUCACCAUGCCACAGUACCUGCGCAAACGCUUUGGCGGUCGUCGCAUCCGCCUCUACCUGUCUGUGCUCUCGCUUUUCCUGUACAUCUUCACCAAGAUCUCGGUGGACAUGUUCUCCGGGGCCGUAUUCAUUCAGCAGGCUCUGGGCUGGAACAUCUAUGCCUCUGUUAUUGCGCUCCUGAUCAUCACCAUGAUUUACACAGUAACAGGAGGACUGGCAGCAUUGAUGUACACGGAUACCGUGCAGACCUUCGUCAUUCUCGGGGGUGCCCUCAUCCUCAUGGGUUACGCUUUCCACGAGGUGGGCGGGUAUUCGGGUCUCUUUGACAAGUACCUGGGAGCAAUGACUUCACUGACGGUGUCAGAGGAUCCAGCUGUGGGCAACAUCUCCAGCUCCUGCUAUCGACCUCGGCCUGACUCCUAUCACCUGCUCCGGGACCCUGUGACAGGGGACCUGCCAUGGCCUGCACUGCUUGUGGGGCUCACCAUUGUCUCUGGCUGGUACUGGUGCAGUGACCAGGUCAUAGUGCAGCGCUGCCUGGCUGGAAAGAACCUGACCCACAUCAAGGCGGGCUGCAUCUUGUGCGGUUACCUGAAGCUGAUGCCCAUGUUCCUCAUGGUCAUGCCAGGCAUGAUCAGCCGAAUCCUCUAUCCGGAUGAAGUGGCCUGCGUGGUGCCCGAGGUGUGCAAGCGGGUAUGUGGCACAGAGGUGGGCUGCUCCAACAUCGCCUACCCGCGCCUUGUGGUGAAACUAAUGCCCAAUGGUCUGCGUGGACUCAUGCUAGCGGUUAUGCUGGCCGCACUCAUGUCCUCGCUAGCCUCCAUCUUUAAUAGCAGCAGCACGCUUUUCACCAUGGACAUCUACACCCGUCUGCGGCCUCGUGCAGGUGAUGGGGAGCUGCUACUAGUUGGACGGCUGUGGGUGGUAUUCAUCGUGGCAGUAUCGGUGGCCUGGCUGCCCAUAGUGCAGGCUGCACAGGGCGGGCAGCUUUUCGACUACAUCCAGUCGGUCUCCAGCUACCUGGCACCCCCCGUGUCUGCCGUCUUCGUGCUUGCACUUUUUGUGCCUCGAGUUAACGAGAAGGGUGCUUUCUGGGGACUGAUCGGGGGCCUGCUGAUGGGACUGGCACGCCUCAUUCCCGAGUUCUCCAUCGGCACAGGCAGCUGCGUGCGGCCCUCGGCGUGUCCAGCGCUCCUCUGUAGAGUGCACUAUCUCUACUUCGCCAUUGUGCUCUUCGUCUGCUCCGGCCUCCUCACCCUGGCGGUUUCCCUGUGCACUGCACCCAUCCCACGCAAGCAUCUCCACCGCCUGGUUUUCAGUCUCCGGCAUAGCAAGGAGGAACGGGAGGACCUGGACGCUGAUGACCUGGAAGCUCCAACCUCUCCCCCUGUGCAGAACGGGCAGCCAGAGCACGCAGUGCAGAUGGAGGAGCCUCGGUCCCCAGCCCCAGGCCCGUUCCGCCGGUGCCUGCUGUGGUUCUGUGGCAUGGGCAGGGGACAGGCAGGCAGCCUUCCACCCUCGACUGAGGAAAUGGUGACUGCAACAGCCAGGCAGCUGGACGACAUCAGCGAGGACCCACGCUGGGCUCGCGUGGUCAACCUCAAUGCCCUGCUCAUGAUGGCAGUGGCCAUGUUCCUCUGGGGCUUUUAUGCAUGAAGUCAAAUGUGUUGGAUGCCACAAGCCACAAUGGAGCAGGGUUCAGCCUCACAGUCAGUAGGGGUGGGGAGCCUGCAGUGGUCCCCAGGAAAGGAGAAUGGGCCAGCGGGGGAAGGCCCUGGUUUUCCUUCUCUCUGCUUCAUCUCUGCCGGGGGCCCAGUGCACCUGACUGACAGUCAUUUCCUAGAAGGCCUUGGCCAACCUGAAUUUGUCUGCGGCCAUUCUCCUAAGCAAAAAUAAAGUUGCUCUUCCUGUGUC